GCCAUCACCAUGCUAUGUACUUUGGACUUCAAAUAUAGUUUUAAUGUACAGCUGUGUGCGGUGCACCGUAUCAAAUCGUUUGUAAAGUAUUUAGAAUGGGCCACCGCCGACAACCUGCGCCUGCGCAGCAGAAAUGGCGGCAACGACGAGAACGACGACAGUAGGGAGAGCGAUAGAGGUGUUCAUUUUGGUUUCUUGGAGCGUGAGUGACAGAGAGACCCUGAGGUUGUUUCUAGAGAGUGAGUUUCUUCAAAGUGCAGUGGGAUGGUU